CUCCACAGCCCCUGGGGGCUCCUGGCCCCCACCCCAGGCUGUGUCUGCCUUCAGAGGCACAAUCUGAUAGCCCAGGGCAGUGCUCGCGCCCAAUAUAAAGAUAAGGUGCGCCUCAGAUAUCAUGGCAAAGGCUCUAGUAGCCACAUUAAAAACUAAAAAGAAACAUGUGAAGAUAAUUUUAAGAACCUACAGCAGGCCCUUGAAUAAUGGCAUUUAACUCAACAGCACUUUGUAAUAACGUUGGUGAAGGAGGGGAAUGAAUCAAUUCCAGCUGCACCACUGUGUGGAGGAGUUUGCACGUUCUGCCCCGUGUGCGUGGGUUUUCGCCAGGGACUUCCAUUUCCUCCCACGCCCCAAAGAUGUGCAGGUGAGGUUAGCUGACAUGUCUGCACUGUCCCGGCCUGAGUGAGGGCGUGUGGUGUGAGCUUCCCUGUGAUGGAAGGGUGUCCUGUCGGGGGCGGGGGUCCUGCCUUGCACUGAGCUGCUGGGACGCUCUGGACACCCUGGACCUGAAUAAGCAGGCUAGAACAAUCAUCUUACUUGUUUUCAUUAAUCUGUCUUAAAAACAUAUGUAGCUCACAUUUAUAUCAAUGUUUAGUAUUGGAGGUAUUUGGGGUCUUUAUGUAGAAGUUUGGUGUUUUUAUGACCAGAAAUAUGCCAUAGGAACUUAACUCUUGCUUAUCUCAAUUAGCCCGUGUUCAAAUGGAUUGUGACACACCAUUUCACUUAAAGCUGCCACUUCCAAGAACCUGUCGAGGGUGUUAAGUGAGGAUUCUAUUGCCUUUAUCUUAACGUGCAGAAUGUCUUUAAUUCACCUUGUGGAGCUAGCCAUAUUUCAGGUGCUCAGUAGCAGGAUGUGGCCAGUGGCUACAGUAAUGGAUAGAACAGUCUAGUGAAUUCCAAGAGAAUCUGGUGUAACGUGAUCAUGUCACUAGGGUGAUUUGCUCCUCAGAGGACUUUUGAAAUGUCUAGAGAUGUGUUUGGUGUCACGGCUGGGAGGAGGGUGCCACUAGCACCUGGUGAGUAGGGGCCGGCAUUGCUGCUAGACAGCCCACACUGCGCGGACAGCCCCCACGAUAAAGACUUAGCCAGCCCCACGGGUCAGCAAUGUUGAAGUGGAGAAACACUGAAAUGGAUUUGCUUCCUAGGCCUAGGUCUCAACAUCGCUGGAACAAAGUGGCUCUUGCGUGGCAGGAAGGAGGGAGCCAUAGGGACAAGCGUCCCACCUGGAAGAACCCUGGUUGGGACUCACCAGAGCUUCAGAACAGCUGCUGGAGAACUCGGAACAGAGCGGGUCCGGAUUUGCUCCACCAGCAGCAGUCCUAGGUCACCUUGUCCAGAGGCAGCCAGACUUGGUGAUGUCCCCACAUCCAGAAGCCCAGGUGACAGCAGAAACUGGACCAGCCUGCAGAAGGUGGGAAGCUGGGGUUGAGAGCGAUGGGUGACUGUCUGGCUGCACAGGAAAAGCCACAGCCAUGGCCAAGGAAAUUGGUCUUCUUCUGAAAUAGCCCUCCAUUCUCUUCCUUCUUCCUUCUUCCUUCUUCCCAGAUCCUGAGCCAUUCUCAUAUCAUGUCCAUCACAUGUGGCACCCAGAGAUAUGCUGAAGCUUCCUUUAUCCUGAACAGAUACAAUCAAAAAAUGAUACUAUAGGAAGGGAUUUCUGUUUCCAACUCUUGAAACCUUAAAAGUGUCGAACCUGGGAUGUAUGUCCCCUGGUCGACAGGACAGAACUAGGAGCAAAGCACUGUGCUAUUCAUUCUGUCACAGCUGAUCCUUCAGUCUCCACACUCUCCGAGAGCAGCAGAGAAUGAAAAAGCCUCAGAAGUGUAUGCAGGCAUCAGUGUCAUUCAGGGACGUGACUGUGGAGUUCACCCAGGAGGAGUGGCAGCACAUGGGUCCUAUUCAAAGGACGCUUUACAGAGAUGUGACGCUGGAGAACUACAACAACCUCAUCGCAGUGGGGAACUGCCUUUUCAAACCAGAGGUCAUCUUCAAGUUGGAGCAAGGAGAAGAGCCUUGGUUCUUAGAGGAAGAAUUCUCAAAUCAAGGCCACCAAGUAUUAGAACAUUACAGAGAUGAUAACCUGAUCAAGAGGAACAAGAAAAUAAAAGACAAACAUUUGCAGCAAAUAACACUGAUCAAUAAUAAGCCUUUGACUAGAAAAGAAGAGGAAAUUUGGGGAAAACCAUUUAAUAUACACAUAGCUCCUGUUUUUUCAACAAAAAUGUCCUGUAAAUAUGUCUCAUGGGGAGUGAAUUUGCAAAAUAUUUCUCAAUAUGUCAUUAAUAGAACCUAUUCAACGACAAAAACAGGUUGCUGUAGUGUCUGUGAAAAUGUGCCUUUCAAACUUAACUUUGAGAGAACUCAUACUGGAGAUAAAUUUAUUGAAUGUAAUAAAAAUGGGAAAGCCCUCAUUUAGAAAGAAAAUUUUCUUGAGCAUCCAAAGUGUCAAAUUUUGGAGCAAGGUUCUGAAUAUAAUUCUGAAAAAUUCCAUGAUGAGGCUGCCUUUGUUACAUACAAGAGUAUUCACACAGGAGAAAAGUCCUGUAAAGAUGAUGGAUGUAGCAAAAAUUGUGAUAAACUCUUUGAUCAAAAAAGCACUGGAACAGGAGAGAAAUACUCUAAUCUUAAGCAGUGUGGGAAAUCCUUCUGUGAGAAGUCAGCUGUCAUGGAACACCAUAAAGUUAACGUGGCUGUGAAACACUAUGUAUAUAAUGCCAGUGAGAAUAAUUUCAACAGGAAUUCACAUCUCACUCAGUCUCAGAGAAUUGCCACAGAAGAGAAUGCAUUGGUAUAUAAUGAUAAAACACAAACUGGGGAUAAAUUCUUUCAAUAUCAUGAAAAUAGAAAAUCCUACCUGAUGUCAGCCCACAAAGUACGCCAAAGAACUCACUCCAACAUAAAAUCCUAUAAAUGUAAUGAAUGUGGGAAAUCCUUCUGUCAAAAAGGACAUCUCAUUCAACACCAGAGAACCCACACAGGAGAGAAACCAUUUGAAUGUAAUGAGUGUGGAAAAACUUUCUCCCAGAAGUCUCAUCUCAGUACACAUCAGAGAAUUCACACAGCAGAGAAACCCUAUAAGUGUAAUGAAUGUGGGAAAACAUUUGUCCAGAAAUCAACCCUCAGAGGACAUCAGAGAAUUCAUACAGGAGAGAAGCCCUAUGAAUGUAGUGAGUGUGGGAAAACUUUUGUUCAAAAGUCAACCCUCAGAGACCAUCAUAGAAUUCACACAGGGGAGAAAUCAUUUCGAUGUAAUGAAUGUGGUAAAACUUUUGGCCAGAAGUCAAACCUCAGGAUACAUCAGAGAAUUCAUGGUGGUGAGAAAACUUAUCAAUGUAAUGAAUGUGAAAAAUCUUUCUGGCGAAAAGACCAUCUCAUUCAACAUCAGAAAACACACACAGGAGAGAAACCAUUUAAUUGUAAUGAAUGUGGGAAAACUUUUGCCCGGACAUCAACCCUCCGUGUUCAUCAGAGAAUUCACACUGGGGAAAAACCAUUUAAAUGUAAUGAAUGUGGGAAAAAAUUUGUCCAGAAGGCAAUCCUUAGUGAUCAUCAUAGAAUUCACACAGGGGAGAAACCCUUUCAAUGUAAUAAAUGUGGGAAAACUUUUGGCCAGAAAUCAUACCUCAGAAUACAUCAGAGAACUCACAGCGAGAAGUCUUAUAAAUGUAAUGAAUAUGAAAAAUUGUAUAAGAAGUCAACCCUAAAUGUAGGCCACAGAAUUCAGGGAGGGAGAAAACCCUAUUGAUAUAGCAACUAAGGAAAAUCCUUCUGGCUAAAGACCAACCCAUUUGACAGUAGAAAAUUCACAUAGAAUGAAAACCAUAUAAAUAUGAAUGUAGGAAGAAUUUUGUCCAACAGGUAACCCUGAGAGUAUAUCAGAGAAUUCACACAAGCUACUAUGGAGAAAGCCCUUUUGAAUGCAGUCAUGCCCUAUUAGAACUCUCACAAUAACACAGGCUGGUAAUCUGUUCCCUAGUAAGAAUUUCAUUUUUUCCUCUAGGCACAUAGCUAAUCUAAAUUUCCCAGUCUCCCCUUCAUCUAAGUGGGACUUUGUGACUGGCUAGUGGAAUGUGGAUGCUCAUGUUGUAUGCCACAUCCAGUUCUGACAAAAUACUUCCCCAACAAGUGACCAGGCUGCUGUAAGGGUAACAUGGAGAUGACUUCCAGGCCAGCCUGGUAUGCUGUGGAUUAACAUGGCAUGGAACAAGAUGAAAGCCAGGGUGCCUGAAAUAUGUGGAACCAAAUUUUCUUCCACAUCUUUCCUUUUGAAGAUUUUGUGAGCAAGACUUGGGCUUGUAUUCUGUCGAGCACUUAUUUGUGCAGGUCUGUUUCUGCACAUAACUUAACCAUCCCAAUGCUGGAGAGCAGAAUACUACUGCGUAAGCCAAGCUUACAUCAGCCAGUGGGUACAGACCUUAUUAGAGAGUUGAUAUGUGAAGGGGUCCUUCAAAGAUCAUCAGAGAAUUCAUACAAAAGACAUCCUCUCAGUAUCAUGAGGUAAGAUCAUACCACCUGAUACUGGGCUUUGGAUGAAUCAAAAAAGUUGGAAGAUCUUAAAAAUUAGAUGAAUGGUGAGCAGCUAUCAUGUAGCUAAAGUAAACCUGGCUUGUUUAACAGAAUGAAGCCACUCUCCCUCCACACCUCCUGGCACUUUGCUCUACCCAAACCUCAGGUGCUUUAUGGGAAGAGGUUUUCCUGUCUCCAGUGGGGACUCAAGGCCUUUGGCAUACAUCCAGUUAUUCUGGGGAACUUCGAGGGAGGGGAAGGAAAGUGUUUAUGGUCCUAUAGGAUACAGGUACCCAAGUCAACAUCUUACCAGUUCCCAUGGAGUUGGGGGUACCUAGAUUUAGUUAUUGUCCUCAGGGCAGGGUUCACAGUAGGGAAGGAAAAUGAAUGUAACCUCAGUAAAUGGGCCAUUUGCACCAGUGCAAUGUACUGUGGUUACUUCUGUAUCUGGAAGUAUAGUCGAAAUUCAUGUAUCCCUGGCCAGUGUGGCUCAGUUGGUUGAGCAUCGUCCCAUCCACUGAGAGGUUGCCUGUUCGGUUCCCAUUUGGGGCACAUGCCUGGAUUGUGGGCUCGAUCCCCAGUAGGGAGCAUUCA